GACGCGGCGGAUCAUGCUCUGGUGCGUUGUGCUCGGCGGCCAUACGCCGAUGCUUGUUCUCUUACGGGUAACCACCUAGGACGAGGGCGGAAGCGAGGAGUCGCCUUGGAUGGGAAUGCCCGAGAGGCAUCACUGGAGGAUGCCGUGUGAAGCGGUAGCCCCCUUUCCUCCCUUCCAUCCAUGGCUUGCCGCGCAACAAAUCUAUCAACGUCCGCUUCGCCAGGCCGCCUUCGUCAUCUCAUUCCGCGCAUUCUUCCGUGUACCGUUCGAGAUGGGCACGGACAUCGCAGAUAGCAGCGGGUCUAUUCAAACCCGUGAAGUGAAUUGGACCACAGUUCAGAUCGCCACCGUCAUCUCUGUCGGCGUCUCCGUCGCCGCUGUUGCCUCGUUCGCAUUCCUAUGCUAUCGCCGUCGGCACCGCCGGCAAUACCACACGCCCUCGCCCACGCCUGAGCAGGUCUACGCCAUGUCUCCCCCCGCCGAUCCGCAUCCGCGACCCCAGCUCCUGACACCCGGCGCCGAACCCGUGCGCGUGCGCCCACCAUACUCGAGCUGGGUCCAGGUGCGGUUGGCGGCACCCAAGUUCUUCUUUGGCCUGCUGCCCGGCACGCAGACGGUUCGCUCGCGCGAGCGCAAGAAGGACCCGAGCUGGGAGAUCGAUGACCUCCGCCCGGGGGAGGACGAGGAGGGUGGCAAGGCGUGGUCGCAUACGGCACAGUCAUCGUACGACCCCGGGCUGCCCGGCGCGGGCGCGAGCGGGACAUUCCACCCGCUCUUCGCAGAGGAGGACGAGAACGAGGACGCUCACGACCUCUUCCACUCGCAGCGCUCACAUACGCGCAACCCAUCCAGCAUGUCUCUCCUCGCGCUGUCCCAACCGGCGCCAUCCGCCUCGUCUUCAUUGCGGCGAGCGGGACAAUCUGAGACGCCGAAGCCGGACCGGACUUUCUUCCAGCGGAUGAUGAAGUUCAAACGCGGGCUGCUGAAGAGCCCCGAGUACAGGACGGGGCGCGUGAGCCCGCGUGCACCGGACACGCUGUUCAGGAUUGACGCUGGUCCUGGGGAGCCGGCGACGCCAGGACCGAGUCGGGGUGGGUUCGGCGAGACGGGGCUGGGAUUGAAACAGGGCAAGGCGUCAUCUGCGCCGAUGACACAAGGUGGUGGCAUGACGGUGGACGCCAGGGCGCGGGACGCAGACGAGCGCAGCGUACUGUUGAUCUCACGCCAUCCUGGAGAGGACUUUGAUUUUGAUCUCGAGCUGGGCGAGUCGGAGGCGGGGUGAGCCCGACUCGACCGAACGCUGUCAUCUGUCGAAUGCUGCGGGGAUUGCGCCGGCUCACCCAUCCCUUAUCAUCGUGUCUUCAUGCAGCCUGCGCCCAUCUUUACCAACCCGUCCGCGUCGGCAUAUCCCCCCCAGGUUCUCAUGCUCCGUUCUCUGCCUCGCCGACGUCUCCGGCUUUUGCAUUUACACACCAGGUCUCAUUCCAGCUAUCACACUAUCAUCUCUCUCAUCUCGGACUGUGGAACAUACGUUAGCACCCGGAAACUGACAGACUGCACUACUCCUACUGUAACUUAUCGUGACU